GAAGUUCUCUGUCAACACCGUUGGUCGAAAACACUGGAGUGUUUUGAAGGGGGACUCUUUCCGGAGGUCUGUGGCGGACCCGUCUUUGGCAUAGACAGUAAAAAGUCUUUCGCACUGAUCACCACAGCGGUCAUGUAUCGUAGGUCUACCAGGACCUUACAUUGCUGAGUAAUCUGACGACCGUGUCUUUUGGGGGCGUUCCUGUGAAAAACAGUAAUGUUGAGCUUUCUUGUCCGGACGAUGGGGCGGGCUGGUAUGGUGAAACCAUCCAGCCUGGUGAGACCAGUAGCGGUGACUCGGGUCACAGGCCGUUACCUGGCACAUCAGGAGAGUCUGCCCAAGCUACCCGUGCCAGCGCUGAAGCAGACAUGCGAGCGCUACCUGGCUGCCCUGGAGCCCAUUGUGGAAGAGGAGGAGCUGCAGCACACCCGCCAACUCAUUGAGGAGUUUCAGCAGACAGGAGGCGUUGGGGAAAGGCUGCAGAAGAGUCUUGAGCGCAGAGCCAUGAAGACGGAAAACUGGCUGUCCGACUGGUGGUUGAAGGUAGCCUAUCUAGACUACAGGAUGCCUGUGGUGGUCCACUCCAGUCCUGGGGUGGUCCUUCCUCGUAUGGAGUUUAAUGACCGCCAGGGUCAGAUGAGGUUUGCUGCUAAACUGAUUUCAGGGGUCUUGGAUUUCAAAACUAUGAUUGACAAUGAAACGUUACCAGUAGAGUAUUUGGGAGGUCAGUCGUUGUGUAUGAACCAGUACUAUCAGGUUUUGUCAUCUUGUCGUAUCCCUGGCACCAAGGCUGACUCCGUAAAGAACUACGCCCAGAGCAGAAGGCCUCCAACGCACAUCACAGUGGUGCACAACUUCCAGUUUUUUGUACUGGACGUGUACAACAGUGACGGCACCCCACUGACUGUGGAUCAGAUCUACCUUCAGCUGGAGAAGAUCUGGAACUCCUCCCUGCAGACAAACAAGGAGCCCAUCGGAAUCCUGACGUCACAGGACCGAAACACCUGGGGGAAGGCCUACAACACCCUCAUCAAAGACAGGACUAAUAAAGAGUCUGUGCAUGCCAUUCAGAAGAGCAUCGUCACCGUGUGCCUGGACGCGCCCAUGCCUCGAGUCUCAGACGAGCUGUUCAGGAGUCGGGCGGCGGUGCAGAUGCUACACGGCGGAGGCAGCCGCUGGAACAGUGGAAACCGCUGGUUUGACAAGACUGUACAGUUUAUCAUAGGGGAGGAUGGCUCGUGUGGUCUGAUGUAUGAACACGCUCCUGCUGAAGGACCUCCAAUCAUCAAGUUAAUUGACCACGUAGUUGAAUUCAUGAAGAAGUCUGAAAUUGUGCGGACUCCAAUGGUUCCUCUGCCCAUGCCUAAGAAACUACGCUUCAACAUCACACCAGAGAUAAAGAAGGACAUUGAAAAAGCCAAACAGAACCUCAACAUCAUGGUGCAGGACCUUGAUGUUCGAGUCGUUCUAUUUCCUCAUUUUGGCAAAAAUGUUCCAAAGUCACACAAGAUGAGUCCAGAUGCCUAUAUUCAGAUUGGUCUUCAACUGGCUUAUUACAGGAUGUAUAAGGUCUGCUGUGCCACAUAUGAGAGUGCGUCGUUGCGCAUAUUCAGGCUGGGUCGAACAGACACCAUCCGCUCCGCCUCCAUCCACUCCGCUAACUUUGUCAAGACCAUGGACAACCCUGCUAUCCAAAAUAUGGAGAAAGUGACUCUUUUGGAGAAGGCUGUGAAGGGACACAGGACAUACACUGACAUGGCGAUUCGUGGCCAGGCCAUUGACAGGCAUCUGCUUGGGCUCAAGCUUCAAGCUAUUGAGGACCUCACCUCCUUACCAGAGAUCUUCAUGGACACGUCUUAUGCAAAAGCGUUGCACUAUAAUCUCUCAACUAGCCAGGUGCCGGCAAAGACGGACUGUGUGAUGUGUUUUGGCCCGUUGGUGCCAGACGGCUACGGCGUGUGCUACAACCCCAUGGAGGAGCACAUUAACUUCGCAGUGUCUGCCUUCAACAGCUGUGAAGACACCAACGCCAGCAGGCUGGCCCAGGCCCUGGAAGCGGCACUAGUGGACAUGAGGGACCUGCUGGAGCAGACACCCAAGGCCAAACUGUGAGGGACUCGGGGGGGGCAUGGUGCCAGAGCAGAUACAUCUCUUUAAUGAUGAUGAACUGCUUUUUAGGAGGCCCACCUUGAAGGUGACCUGAAACAAGCCUGCUGAAAUUCACAGGGGCAGUUGACAGUGUCUGCUCUCACACAUUGCUCAAAGUAAGAGUGAGAAAUUAAGCACUUCAUGUAAAGGGAUGGGAACGCACAGAAGUUUGGUGUGUGCGUGUGCAUAAGCCAGUUUAGCCCCACUGACACCAUGUUGGGCAGAUGUUGUUAAGUGAUGUACUGACUCAUCCCAUCCAAGAUAAUACUAACAUUUUGAAUGUUUAAUUCAAAUAAUUUAUGUUUGAUUGCAGUGCUGGAAUAGAUGGGGACUUUUUGUAACCCUGUCAGGAUGUUGUUUUUAAGCACAAUGUUGUUUUUGUAAAUACAGAAUAUCACCAUUUCGGUGAGCAAGUGGGGUGAUAUAUGAGCAUUUUGGUUUGAUUUCAAUACUCACCAGUUCUGUACCUUCUUCACUGUUUGUACCCAUGAAGGCCUGACUGAGUAAAGCUGACACUGUCUAACACAAUUAUUGUACCAGGGGCAUUGAUUACACACACUCAAAUAGACAAUUACUGUGUUGUAGCCAAACCGCUCUUUUACGCGCCCCAAGGCCAAUUCAUACAAAAGAUUUGCAAGGAGACGAAACUGUUGCAGAGACAAGUUGAAGUGGUUUGAAUUAACCGUUGUAAGUCGUUGCAAGCCGUCUGAUGUAACAUUAGUUGCAAAAUAUUCCUUCUGUCAAAUCACAGUUGCAGUUGGACGAACGACCAUUCUUUGUAACAGUCCAUACUAAUCUGCCCUUUGAGCAAAAUGUGGCUGAUUUUAACCUGUCCACAUUUAAAAUGCACUAAUAAUUAUUAGCCUCAAGUUGGGUCAGCAGCUUCCAAUUUUCAAUGCAAUCAACAUUUCCCCAGCCGUGCAAUAUAUCAUGCAGUGGAAAGUAUGCAUUUUCCGUGAACCAUUUCCUUUGCUUGUUUACCUUUUUUCUUUAAAUUUUAUCAGGAGAAUGUGUCUCUUUUGAGUACAUGUGUCAUUAAUGAAUUGUUCACUUGAUGUAGUUUGCAAUUCUUUUUGUCACCUUCAUGGGAUGGAGCUGAACUGUGCCUUGUGUGAAUAGUAUAAUUAUAAAAACAAUGGUGAGUUCAUGGCAACCAGAAAGUCUGUGUUUACCUAUUUCAAGAAAAUGGAAAUAAAUGUUUAUAAUAAUAAAUGAGAAUUGAUCUGCA